AUGGCUCGUCCAAUUCCCGAUGACGAAAACGAUGACUUAGUUACGCAUGCCUCGAGACCAUCAAUUAAGCUGGCUUUCGAUCGACCUGGGCCUUUCAUAUUGACAGAACACACGUCGAGACGCUCUACUUUGAGGAGCCGAGCCCAGCGCCUGAAGAUCCCAGCAUCAAUCACCGGGAUUGUUGACACGCAGGACAUCCAGAGACACGCCCAGCCACUCGCUGUCAUUGAGAACCCAACUAAUGGCUUCAAGAUACCUCGUCGGCAUGGUGGACGCACACCAGGCCGUUCAUCUACUCUUGUGAAUCUUCUGGAACCGAUGUCACCGACAAAGACGACACCAGUGGAUCGACCUGCAAGUGACGCUUCAGGCAGCGUUGACGCACCUAUCUCACUUGUGCAGGACACCCCGCUGUUCUCGACAGAUAGCGCCGUCGCAGGCAUACUCACCGCGCCUCUUCCCACACCUCAAGCUGAUCGAGCUCCGCCUCUAAAGAAGAAUGUCGAUACGUCUGGCGCGUCCUCGCGUCUAUUGGUUCUCCCGCCCAAGUCCGCCUUUCUGAAGACCGCACCGUCAAGUAUCUCACCCACGGUACUUCGGCCAGUCAAUUCUAGUAUGCCUCCGUACAUCCCCACUCCCAUGGCCGUCAGCCUCAGCAACGAGCUGCUCGAAGCAUCCCAAGCCGAGCCGCUUGAAACGUCCCAAGCCGAGCCGGGCCUCCCAUCGUUUGAAUCCCUCAUAUCACCAACAGCCAGCCUUGCGGAUAUGUUAAACGACAUACGCACAUUCGAUCCCCACCUCUCACUCGAGGAUGAGCAGAUGUCAUUACUCUAUAAACACAACCGCAAUACAGAUUGGUCACCGCACACUAUCCCCAAGGUUGAACUGGACAGAGAGUGGUGGGCAUCGACUCACCCGUUCAUGGAUUACUUAUGGAAUGAGACUGUCAAGGAAGUUGGCCAGGUGUUGACUGAGAUUGGGCCGAGCAACAUGCCAGCCGGCUACUCGUCUAAUAUCAAACAUCUGGUGAAGCCGAUAGGAGAUACACAUCAACCACUCAUAAUCUUGUCAUCGUACCCAACCAUGACCACAGCCCAGCCAGAAUACGGGACCGUGGACGAUAUGAGCAAUCGAUCUAUGCGUCUUCUCUACGGUAAACUGGGACUGGAGCGUCCAGGUUCCAAGCACGGAGUCCUCCAUCUGGACGAGACCCCUCACCGUGUUGAUAAACCUGUCGCCGAGAAAGCCAACGGAAGACACUUUUACAAGGGUGUCACUGGCGACAAACUUCCGAUGAGGCUGCGUCAUAUAUGGGAACAGUUUCACUUUGGCUUGUUGGACGCUUCCAAAGCAACAGUUGGUCUCUUAUUAGACUUGGCUUACAUCCUUGGUCUUCGGCAGUUGAGACGCGUGUGGUUUUGCGUUGUCCACCCAGAGCAUUACCACAGGUGCACGACGUAUGAUGUUACAGACGGUGGUGCAUUGUACCUCAGAGCCUUCCGAGAACGACUUAUCGACAUCGCGUUCGUUAUGGCAUUUGGUGCGCCCUCUCCUCGACCGGCGUACUUGUCAACAAAGCUGUAUUUCACAGACCCUGGCUCUGGCACAAUCAUACUCAACAGGGUUCUCGAGACUAUCAGCUCUCCUAACAUGCAGAUGCUCCAAUAUCUGUUUGCUAAGCCAGACAUGACGAUAACAAGUAAUCUGAAGAGUCAUCUGGAACGAUCACGGUCAUCAAAGCUCCGAGACCGCGCAGCAGAGAUAUUCGGGCUGGCAGCGGGAGCAUCGCUACCAUUCGACUCUGGCGAAUCAUACUGGUCAUCUGUAUCAGUACAGUCAGCACUUGGACCAUAUGCCGCAUCGUUCCUGGCUGUUUGGCGGCAGAGAAAAGGGGCUCACGAGGAAUCAAGAACUACUCAAGGAGCGCGACAGAGGUCAAAAAUCGCGAACAUGAACCCAGAUGAGCUGGCUGCACAUCGUCUCAAGAUGAAUUUGGCGAAUGAAGCCAGCAAAGCCAAGCGAACCCCUGAGCAGAAGGAGAAGAUGAGACAGGAACAGAAUCUGCAAAGAAGGCUGAAACGGGCACAGAGAACCCAGGAAGAAAUCGAGCGCGACAACUACAUGCAGCGGAAGAAGUAUGGCGACGCGCACCCGCAGAAACGCGCACGCAAGGACGAUUAA